AUGUGGCGCAGCGUGGGCGUGUUGCUGUGGAAAAACUGGCGCGUGAAGCAGCGCAAUAGCCGCUUGAACCGCGACCGCAAUGGCAAGCGCUGGCUCUUUCCAGCGCUCGUCACGGACAUUGUGAUGCCGUUAGGGCUGCUGCUGCUUAUUAUUCAGAAGAUGUGCAUUUACAAUACUGAGCUGGCGAUGCGACCUGGAGAUAGUAGAGGGCCACUUAGUAGUAGUAGUAUUUCUAGUACUACUACUGCUGGUACUAGUACUACUCUGAGUAGUAAUCCGCUUCUGGACCUUGAUGGCCUGUUGGCUUCCAUCGAUGAUGACGCAGACGGGCGACGUCGGAUGACGCCAUUGGAUGAAAAGAAAAUGGAACCCACUGACGGAACGCCAACGAGUGACGUGACGUCGGAACCUGCGACAUUGCUGCUUGCGGUCUUACCGUUACUUCUGGCGCGAAGUAACCAAAGUCUAGCGUUUUUAGACCGCGGAGACACGGUCGGUUUUCUACGCUACCUCGAUCGACAGUACCCUGGUGCAAGUGAGUUGGGGAUUGCGAGUUACAUGGAUGUGAGCCACGUCGUGCCAUUCAAUUCGACCAUGUCGAAUGAUGAAGCCACGGAAGUGCUGCUCGAGUAUCCGAAAAGCAGUGGCGUGGCCAUUUACGCGGGUCUGGAUGUGCGGAAAGUGACGGCACGCGAGGAAGUAGAAGAGUCGGAUACGCUGGAGUUAUUGGCUCUGUUUUCUCAGUCACUGCUCAAGAAUCCGUCGCAAGGAGAGUCGGAAACGCAAGUGGCCAAGUUUGUUUUCAAUGAGUUGACGUUCAACGGCAGCACCAUGUCGUUUCCAUUCAUUCUUCCGUUCCAGAUGUCGCUGAACAUGCUCAUUCGAGAGAGCUCAACGAGCUUUGCCAAUAACGAAGUCGUGGAUAUCAGGGACCUCUCGCCUGACAUCCUUUGCCAAACCGUGAAUAAGAUGCUGAAUAUGGGUGGUCUUCGAUGGGGCGCGUUCCCUGCGUCCUCGCCAUUGGGACGCAGUGUUUUAGCAUGCAAAAUUGCAGUGACUGAAGGAAAGUUAUCGGAAGAAAUCCAACGUUUUCUGUCGAGCCUCAUCGGUAAAGUGGCAUCGACUGACGGGUUGGAUGUUUUGGCUGUGUCUACCCUGCCGAGCCGCCCUACGGACACGAUGUCUGGUGCACUCGAGAGCAACAUUGUCUUCUACAUGGCGUAUUUGUUCAUGUGGCCGUACGUGCGUCUGAUUUGUGAUGUCGUGGGCGAGAAAGAGGGGCAGCUAAAGGAGUAUUUGAUGAUCAUGGGGUUGCCAGCGACCGCACUCUUGACGAGCUGGUUUUUGCUGUAUAUCAUGGCCUCAGCGACCGUGGCACUUAUUGGGACAUGGCUGCUCAGUGGUGUCAUGUUUACUGCUACGCUAGCGGGGGAGGUCUACUUCUUCCUACUCCUGAUGGCGUUUGUGUCGAGCAUUCUGCUUUUCGGUAUUGCUAUCACACCCCUCUUUAAUCAGACGAAGACGGCAGCAUCAUGUGCGCCACUGGUAUUUUUCGUCCUCAGUGCCGGAGCCUUCAUUCGCUCAUUGGUGGGUCCAGAUGCUGUUGCGUCAUCCACUUCGCUGGCGUUGCUGCUGUCAGUGCUGGACGGGAUUAGCUCUCCGGUAGUGUUUAUGUCGACAUUGCACAACAUCCUGUCACUUGACGCAGUAACUAUUACUUGCAGGCCGAUCACGUGGAAUACCGUAGCGACACCGUAUCGCCUUUUGGCUAGCCAGUGCACAGGAUACCUGCUUCUUGGAUGGUACUUGGAAAAUGUGUUUCCACGUACGUAUGGAGUGCAGCAGAAAUGGUAUUUCGUGUUCCAGUCGUCUUACUGGUUUCCUAAAAACUUGAAUACGCAGUCGUUCUCGGACGUUAGUGACGACGGCGAGCUCGCCCGGCUGACUGAAAUGGGUUUCGAGAGUAUUGACGACCGGCUGGACGAUACACUUCGUGAACAGACUUUGUCAGAGUACAUGCAGCACUUUCGCCCGUCACUGUUCGUGCGGUCUCUUUCCAAGACGUAUCCCAAUGGAAAAGUGGCAUUGAAAAACGUGUCGUUUGGUGUAAGGAAGGGUGAAAUUUUUGGAUUGCUGGGGCCCAACGGUGCCGGUAAGAGCACGACGUUGUCGAUGUUAAGCGGGAUUAUACCACCCACUAGUGGAGAUGCUUAUGUGGGAGGGUCUAUCAGCGUUGCGACUAACCCACAAGCGGUUCGAAAAAGUUUGAGCGUUUGCUUUCAGCAGAAUAUUUUGUACGACAACUUGACUGUGUGGGAGCAUUUGUCAUUGGUGUGUGCCCUAAAGAACAGCAUGGGGAUCAAGACAGUCCCUGAGGGAUCCUGGCCCGCAAAGUUGCAGCAGUUCGGACUUGACGAAAAGCAUGACGCACUGUCAAAGACUCUAUCUGGUGGGCAAAAGCGCAAGCUGUCGCUCGUAUUGGCUCUCCUGGAUUCGUCCCGUGUGCUGUUGCUCGACGAACCCACCGCUGGAAUGGACUUGAAAGCCCGGUUGGACACAUGGGAUACGCUGAAGCGUGCCGUGACCCAUCGUGCCGUGAUUCUGACCACGCACUCGAUGCAAGAAGCGCAGGCGUUGUGUGAGAACAUUGGCAUCGUCGCUGAUGGCAAGCUAAAGUGUUGCGGCUCCAGCCUGUUUCUUCGCAAUCAGUACGGGGUGGGCUACAAGCUCACAGUUUCGCAUGGCGAGAGUGCCGACCAGGAUGACGACCGCAGCCAUCUACGGUCGAGACGCCAAACGCGCACAGGCGAAUUGAUGACGGUACUGACGAAGUAUGUACCUAAUGCUACUAUCAUGAGUGACAGCAGAUGGGAAACGCGUGUACAGCUGAAUGAUGGGGAAGAAAAGCACUUAGCUGGGCUUUUUAAAGAGCUGGAAACGAUGAAACAGGCUAGUACGAUUAAGCGCUACGCUAUCGCAGCGACCGGCUUGGAAGACGUUUUUGUGAAAGUCACUGAGGGUGAAGGUGUGUAUAAUCACGCCAGGGACGAUAUAGAAAACGAUGAUAGUCUUGGCAGCGUUGACCCAGUGCAUUUGAAAACGGAGAGUGGAAAAGUUAAGCCGAAGAGGGGUCGGCAAGCUGCUGGAACUGACCGACAACUGUCGGAGUGGGAAUCCUCGGUUUCAAAGAUUCGAGCUAUGAUUUUGAAGCGUGCAAAAAUGAGCUCUCGCGACAAGAAGGCGCUAUUUGCUCAGUUUGUAUGGCCACUUGGCUUCCUGGCAAUCCUCAUGGGCGUGCUUCAAAACUUGCUUACUUCUGGAGCGAGUAUUGAGACAAUGACGACCUUACCACCGUCGGCAAUGGAAACGUCGUUCUUUAUAUCGUCUGCACCAUCAGCAUCAGAUUCGGUCUUGGACAUUGUUGCGCAAAUGGAGCUAAGCAGCCACCCGAUUGUAUUUGACAGGAAUGUGCAGACCGAGCAGGCCAUGUUAGACACGAUUGCAAGUGACCGCGCCACGACGUAUUUCGCCGGUGUAUUUGUGUCGGAUGUCAAUUGGACGACACCCGGUAAACUGUCUUCUGAAGCGAUGGUUUACUCGCUUUACUACAACGAGACAGUACGUCGGUCGUUGCCGGUGACGCUGCAAUGGUUAUCACAAGCGUAUUGCAAAGUGCGCGUCAAACGGGAAAAAGCUCCUGGAAUCGAGAACUGCGAGUUGAUUGUGCAGAAGGGUGUAUAUCCGGACGAUAUCAAGAUAGGUACGGGAGUAAGCACGGGCGAAGAUGGCACGGAGCUGGACGUUGAUGAAGCUGUCAACGUUGUACAGCGGAUCAUGGUGGCCUUUUACCUUCUAAUGACGAUGAGCUCGAUGAUAGGAUAUUACGCCGCGCUAGUCGUGAGGGAGAAAGAAUGCGGUUUGAAGCGCUUGCAGUACCAGCACCUGGGAGCCGCUAAUGCGUCGGUCUUGUACUGGUCAUCGAACUUGUUAUUUGAUUACACGACAUACACGUUGGCCGUCGUCGCGAUUUACGUUAUUCUCAUGACGUUCUCUGCCGCGCUCAAUAGUGCGAUCAUCGCCGCCUGGCUCGUAUCAAUGGCGCUUUUUGGUCUGGCAAUUCUUCCCGCACAGUACUUCACUUCACUGGUCUUCUCAUCACACGCGACGGCACAGUCGUACAUGUCGUACGCUUCGCUGUUCCAGAUCGUGGCGGUAUCUGUCGUGUUUGCGUUGUCGAUGAUCCCUGGUUUGUGUGGCAAAGCAAACACGAUUGCAUAUUUCUUGCAGGCCUUUCCACUGUAUACGUUUGGCACUGUGGUGUUGGAGAUCGUGACAGUAUCUUGGGCUCCCAUGCGACAGCAGUGUCUCAAGGUGGUGGACGAUCCUGAAGGUGGGGAUCUACUUGCCAUGUUUGGAAAUUUGGGUACAGGAGCGCAGAGUUCUGUCUGGGAUUGGGAUGUCUCUGGAAAUAAAUGGUUUGCCCUGUUGAUGUGUAGCGUGAUCUACACGUCCCUCCUGAUUGCAGUCGAUUAUUACCACAUGUACCCCACGGAGGCGAAACACAGGAUGCGACUUGCACUGAGUCGAGGGCGUUUGUUCUUUGGCUGGCGUCCGAGCCAAGGGCGAGGGUAUGAAGAGGCUGAUCAAAGCGCUGUUGAUGAAGAAUGCCCUGAUACGAACAUGGUGCGUGUGAUGCGAGUUUCGAAGGUGUAUAAUCCUCUGAAGAAGAUCAGGGCCCGAGGGGCAAUUCAAACUGCCGAUGGCGAGAGUGGCGCUGGUUUGGUAAGUAGAAACGGUCAAGUGGUGGCGUUGAACGACGUUAGCUUUUCUGUGAAGAAGAGAGACUGCGUGGCGCUGCUGGGUGUCAAUGGCUCUGGCAAAUCUACGAUGUUUAAGAUUUUAACGGCUGCAAUUUCUCCCACUAGAGGUAAGGCGACGAUUGACUCGUGUGACGUGACGGAGGAGCCCCGAGAGACCAGUAUGAGGUACGGCUACUGUCCCCAGGGCAACCUGUUCUAUAACGAUAUGAGCGUACGCGAGCACCUCGAGCUAUUCUACCGUCUCCAAUGCCGUGGGCACAACGACGUGUCGUCCGAAGGCGCUAAACUUGACGAGCUCAUAAGACGACUGAACUUGCUUCCGGUGGAAAGAACGGCGGCUUUGCACCUCAGUGGGGGUAACAAGCGACGACUGAUGCUUGCACUGUCCCUUUUGAGCGAUCGCACGUCACUCUUGCUCUUAGACGAACCUUCAGCUGGCGUGGACGUAGUGGCCCGACGGCUCAUGUGGCGUGUCUUGUAUGAAAAGCGGCAAAGCGACCGUCGAAUUUGCUGCCUGUUUACUACGCACAGCAUGGAGGAAGCGGAGGCCGUGUGUGCCAAUGCAGUGGUGCUGUUCAAGGGCAAGAUAGUGUGGUGCGGCAGUAUUCCAGACUUGAAACAGCGCGUAUCACGAGGAAUUUCGAUCAGCGUGCGACUGAACAGCUCGGCCAUCUGGAAUUCCGGACAGGUAAAGCAUUACACGGACGAAAUUCGGCGUUUGCUUCAGUCGAAGCCGCUAACAGGUGCCCGCCAAAAAGGACUGGAACGUAGCAGUCUUCCAUUCGGUGACCUGGAUGAGGCCUGGGAACAUUGCCACGGUCUUUUGUACAAGACGCGCGACGCCGUUUCGAUGCUGUCUCGACAGCGUGGCAAGACUUGGCUAGCAGGUCUACGAGCUCGUUUCGGAUCAGACGACAAUGCGCCCAGAAGUGUGUCGAAACGACCAGCAGUUGAUGCCGAGGCGCAGGCUGCCAUUCCUAUCAUCGAGUUUGUUCAAGAAUGGCUUGUACAAGAAGCAUUUGUCCGCCUCGAGUCGCAACUGUUUACCGACGAGUUCACCUCUCGAUCUGGCGAGUCAGUGACUGCCGCAGACAUGGAAAGUGCCUGUGGAAGUGGGAACAACACCAGUGGAGUGUACGAAACCUCAUGCACGGACACUUUCGGACUGGCAGACGUGUUUGCUCUCAUGGAAGCGAACAAGCAGGCGUUCAACGUUUUGCAAUAUAGCGUCAGUGAGUUGUCACUGGAGCGCAUGUUCGAGCAGUUUACGGGCAGCACCUAA